CGCCCCGGGCCGGCGGGGGCCGCUCCUCCAGUGUCACAGGCGCCGGGACGGUCGGCGGCUCCGCGUCGUGCGCCCGCGGGAGCUGCCACCCAGCCGGGGCCGAGGGAGCGCGGGGACUCGCCGGGCGCCGUGCGCGGGCCCCCGGGGACCACGGCGUUGCCCUCGGGGCCCGGAGCCCGCUCGCCGCCCGCCGCCCGCCCCGCCCCGCCGCCCCGCCGCCCCGUCGCCCCGGGAGCGCGGGGCCUCGGCCGUGGAGGAAGCAUGCUGGCCCUGCGCUGCGCGCUGCUGACAGCCCUGCUGGCCGCGCCGGGGGCCGUCGUGGUCCCGGGGGACUGCCCCGCGCCGGAGGUGGCGAGCGGUGCGGUGACCAGCCUGCCUGGGGCCAGCGUGACCCUGACCUGCCCGGGCGGGGAGCUGGGAGACGACGCCACCGUUCACUGGCAGCCCGUGGCCGGCUCCCCGCAGGGCAGCUGGGCUGCUGUGGGAAGAAGGCUGCUUCUGAGGUCCGUGCAGCUCAGCGACUCUGGAAACUAUUCCUGUUACCAGGAUGGCCGCCUGGCCGGAACCGUGCAUUUGCUGGUGGACGUGCCCCCCGAGGAGCCCCAGCUCACUUGCUUUCGAAAGAGUCCGCUCAGCAAGGUAGCCUGUGAGUGGACGCCCCGGCACCCACCCUCCCCGACCACCAGGGCCACGUUACUGGUGAGGAAGUUGCAGAGCCGCCCGCUGGGACACUCCCAGGAGCCGUGCCCCUACUCCCAGGGGCCCCGCAAGUUCUCCUGCCAGCUGGAGGUCCCGGAGGGGGACAACUCCUUGUACGUGGUGUCCCUGUGCGUCAGCAGCAGUGCUGGGACCAAGUCCAGCAGCCUCUACCCGUUUAAGGGCUACGGAAUCCUGCAGCCCGACCCGCCGGCCAACGUCACCGUCACGCCUGUGGACGGAAAUCCCCGCUGGCUCCGUGUCACGUGGAGAGACCCCCCCUCCUGGAACUCCUCUUUCUACAGGCUGCAGUUCGAGCUCCGGUACCGGGCUGAGCGCUCGAAGACCUUCACGACGUGGAUGGUCCAGGAGCCCCGGCACCAGUGCACCAUCAGUGACGCCUGGAAGGGCCUGCGGCAUGUGGUGCAGCUCCGGGCUCGGGAGGAGUUUGGGCACGGCUCCUGGAGCACUUGGAGCCCCGAGGCCAGCGGCACCCCUUGGACAGAGCGCAGGAGCCCUCCAGCCGAGAGCGAGGUGUCCUCCUCCACACAGGUGCUGACCACCAGCGAGGACGGUGGAAGUAAUCUCUCCGAAAAUUCUGCGAAUACGACCAGCCUCCCAGUGCAAGACUCGCCUUCAGGGCCGCUGCCUACCUUCCUGGUGGCCGGAGGAAGCCUGGCCUUCGGGACGCUCCUGUGCGUCGGCGUCGUGCUGAGGUUCAGGAAGACGUGGAGGCUGCGCGCGCUGAAGGACGACAAGGCGAGUGGGCGCCCACCACACUCGCUGGGACAGCUGGUCCCCGAGAGGCCCAAGCCCACCCCGGGGCUGGUGCCCCUCAUCUCCCCGCCGGUGUCCCCCAGCAGCCCUGGGUCCGACAGCGCCUCGAGGCACAGCCGACCGGAUGCCAGGCGCCCACAGAGCCCUUACGACGUCAGCAACAGAGACUACUUCUUCCCCGGGUAGCGGCUGCGCGGCUCCCGGCCGGCGGGGGACGAAGCCAGGCCGGCUCGUCUCAGGUGCUGGGGCCCCGCAGAAGGUGCGUCACUUCCCCCAGCGGGGUUGCUGCCUCUGCCACUUGUGCCUUUCCCCAGUGCCUGAAGGGGCUGGAGUCCACGCGGAACCCCCAGAGAAGGCAGGUCACCGUCGUGCUGGACACUUGGGGGGACGAGCUGCCGGCCACCCGUGCAGCCUGCGUCAGGCAGGACAGAUUUCCAGCCGAGACUCCCCGGCACCUGCCGGCCCGUCCUGCAGCUCCGUGUUCCAGCCCCCGCUCUCGGAGCCGCCUGCCUUCUCCGUUCUGUCUUGCCAGGCCCGAGGCCUGCUUCCCCACCCGGGGGCUUGCGCAGUAUCUCAGGGCCUGGUGGUUUGAAGCGGAAUUAGAAUAGUUCCUCCCUGGCAUUUUGCUAAAUGUGAAGGGCGAGCCUUGGCCCUCACCGAAUCCAGGAGCUGGUGCUUGGGUUGAAGUCCCUCUUCGGCUCCCAGGACUCAGGAGGAGAGAAGCAGAGAAGGAGAGGCUUGGAGACAGGCCUCCCUGUGCUCCCCGGAGGCGGCACUGCCCCGCCGGCACUGCCCAGGGGACCUGCCUCUGGAAGCCCCUCCCCCGUCCUCCUCUGCUUCCGCAAGAGGAGGCCGGGCAGCAGGGGGCGUGUGGGGACAGCGGUUGCCACAGCUGCACCCCAGCUGCUUCUGCUCUGUUUUCAGCGGAGCCCGAGAAGCAAGGAAGAUAAGGUUUAUGUGAAAAGACAAAAAAACCCGGCAGGAAUGUAUUUCAACUUUCUUUUUUUUAAACCACUGUUUUCCCUGGAGGGUGAGCAGAGCCGGUGCACCCGGUGCACCCGCAGGCAGCACAGGGUGUCCCAGAACCAAGCCGGGGGUACAGCCCGCCUCAUGACCGCCGCGGAGUGUGUCCCGACGGCUUUCCUAGCGGCCCGCCUCGUUAGAGCGGCAGCCCCAGCACGGGACAGGUGGGGGGAGGGCGCAGGCGGCCGCUUUUCUCCGGGUUCGCCCAGGGCCGGUGCUGCGGCCCGGCGGCCGCUCGAGCCCCUCGGGUUCGGGCCUCCGUUGACCGAAGUCCGGCAGGCUGUUUGUUGUUUUUCUCGAACGUUUCUUUGAGAAUGGCAAAAAUGCUGUCAGAGGGAAAUACGCAGGAGGAGAACGUGCCCGAGAGCCGUCUUGACCUCCCGGGGAGGCUGGGUUUCGCUGGGGCGCAGGCGGGCUGCGCGGAGAGGUCGAAGAUGGGCCUGCAGAUAGCGCCUGGCCGCCGGCCGCGUUCAUCUCCAGACUGUUCUGCUCUCCUUGUGAUUGUAAUGAAGCUGCCUUUUUUUUCUAUUGGAGAGGGCCUUUCCCUCGAGUUCUGUAUAAGCUAGUGAAGAUGAAGGAAGACUGUUUUCUCUGGGCUGUGGGCUGUGCCCCGAGCGCAGGUGCAUCCGCUAAGCUUUGUGGUCCCUGAGUGGUCCUAGCCACGGCCACCGGCCCCGUGUCCUGCGGGGCACCUGCUGUCUGUCCUGCUCCCCCCCCACCCCCGAGCACAGCCUGAAGUGGGAGACCACUCCUCUUGCUGGGUGGGACGAGCUGAAAAUACGCUGGUCCAAGGUCUCAAUCCGUGUGGUCAGUAAUUCUUGUAGCAUUAAUGAAAAUUCUUUGAAAUGUCAAGGGGUAGCAUUGAGUGGACCAACAAAGCCUUUGGAGACCCCGAGCUCUCUGCUCUGACGAGGUCUUGCCCUGGAGGCCUGUUUGCCAGGCUCGGCUCACAGACCCUCCGCCCGUUCCUGCUGUUCCCGGGGGCAGGACACUGGGAGAAGGGAGGUGAGCAGAGCCGUGUGGGGCAGGCUACGCCAGGUCACGGUCUGUGGGUUUCCUGCGGAACGGUCAGGGAUGUCUUGCCGCCUCAGAGGAACUGAAGGUUGACCCACUUGGGGAGGAAUCUGUCCUCUGGUCUCACAGAGUUGGUGAGAAGCGUGUCUUCAUUUGGAGAAGCAGGUGUGAUGGCCCCUCGGAGGUCACACCGGCUUUCCCACAUGGCAGGCGUCUGUGGGGGCGUUGUUGGGGCGCAGGCCAGCUGGUUGGGUGUCUGGGCCAGCGUCUUGCCUGCGUGUCCCCUGCGUCCCUCCAGCAUUGCGCCCUCGGUGUGGCCUGGCAGCGGAGCCGGGAGUUCCUGUGACAAGCAUACCGAUGAGGACGGACACCGUCAGUCUCAUGAGCCUGUGCUCCGGCGGCGGUCUGCCGCGGUCUGCUGCGGGAAGCGGGCUGGGGACGGGCAGAAGCCGUGUUGGACGGGCACCACACAUCUGUCAAAUGUAAUAUACCUCAGCGCUUUUUGUUUUUUUUGAGAAAAAUAAUAGUUUUAAUUUUUCCCCUAAUUAUCUGAAAGCAAAUACCAACGGUUGACGUCUGUGUAUGGGGCAAAGGGUCAGUAUAAUGUUUUUCAAUAUUUUUCUUUUUAUCAGCUAUUUUCCAUGCAAAGUGAAAAUUGUAAAUGUUUGAAAUAAAUAAUUUCUAAAAAUGUG